AUGAUUACUGUACAAUGGAAGGCGUCCACAGGAUGGGAUACUCCCGAACUCAAACCCUUUGGCCCUCUGAGCCUUUUGCCUACAGCGUCAGUCUUACACUACUCAACGGAGUGCUUCGAAGGACUCAAAGUAUACCGUGGCUUCGAUGGAAAGUUACGCGUAUUCCGUCUAGAGCGCAAUGCUGCUCGUUUCCGCGUCUCUGCGCAGCGCAUGGCGCUCCCGGAUUUUGAGCCGUCGGAGGUCAAGAAGCUUAUCAUGGCUCUCCUCUCAGUCGACGGAGAUCGAUGGCUUCCGAAAGACCGGCCUGGCAGCUUCUUGUAUGUGCGCCCUACUCUGAUUGGGACGCAUGCCAACCUCGGCGUUCAAGCCCCUAAGAAAGCCUUGAUGUAUAUCAUUGUCUCAUUCAUGGCUCGAUUGGAUACAAUCGAAGGGGGUUUGCGGCUAUACACCAAUCCAGAAACCGAUGUUCGAGCUUGGGUCGGUGGGUUUGGGUACUGCAAGGUCGGCGCCAACUAUGGCCCUACGGUGGUGGCAACAAGAGAAGCCUCUUCUCAAGGAUUUCAGCAGAUUUUGUGGCUCUACGGAGAGAACGGACAGGUCACGGAAGCGGGAGGUAGCAACUUCUUCAUUGUGUGGAAGCGUAAAGACGGAACGACGGAGUUGGUGACAGCUCCCCUGGACGACAAGCUCACCUUGGACGGCGUCGUUAGACGGAGCUGUCUCGAUUUGGCUCAGGAGAGACUAAGCGAGGAGCUCGAAAUAACUGAACGCACGUACACCAUCGCGGAGGUUAUUGAGGCUUCUUCCGAAGGCCGCCUUCUGGAGGCUUUCGUCACUGGCACGGCGGUAAGUUCCCAAUGA